ACAUGGUUUCACUUCUCUCAUUUCUUCAUCAUGAGUGUGAGAGAAAAACCUCGUAAGGCAAGGAGUCCUGAAUCGCGACUUAAAGAAAUGAAAUGUGCACCUCCGGUGCAACGAAGAGGGUUUAAUGAAGAGAAGCAGAAAACAGUAAAGGCACAGGAUGAACAGAAAUCAAACCAUGCUGAGAAGAAGCCGUCUGUGGAGAAAGCUACUAAAGAAAAGGUAACCAGACAAUCAACAAGGGAGAGUAUUAAGGAACAGCGGAUCCCGCCAGAAAGCAGUCAGACCAAAACCUGUUCCAGCAGGUCUGGGUCGGUGAAAAAACCUCCAGAGGAUCAUCUGAAAUCCCAGCUGGAGAUCAAAGCUGCUACAAAGCUGACGAAGGAGUUCAAAGCGCCUUCUAUAGAUGCCACUAAACCAAAAGCGCGCGCUAAUGCAGAAUUUCAGACAUGCUCAAAGAUCUCAGCAAAGAAGGAGGGCGAAGAGCCGGAGAAGGCAAAGAUUAAGAGAGAACCGGAAAAGAAAAACAAAAAGGCUGCUGAAGAGUCAAACAAUAAGGCAUGUGCUGUGAAACCCGGGCAGAGGAUGAAGGGAAAAGCAGAUCUGUCAGGAGACGCUCUCCUACGGUCGAUUCUUAGCAACCUGAAGAUUAAGACAAAGAACAAAGCAGAAGCUGCUAAAGUUGUAAAUGAAUUCAUAGAAAAUCUAAUCAAGUAUUUAAAAAAGGAUACCCUACAUUUCAGAGAAGUGGAUGAGUCACUGCGCACAGGGAGUUAUUAUGAAAACCUUAAGAUUUCAGAUCCAGAUGAGUUUGACGUCAUGCUUCCAAUGCCAGUUGAAAGAGUAAAGAUUGAGCCUUUUGGGCCAGAUGGAGCCUUCUACAGCGUGGGAUUAAAACGUGGAAAUAAUCCUUUAAAACAAUUUCAGCAGGAUGAUAUUUUAAGUGCAAGCGAAAUGUUAAACGACUUUAGAAAAGAAAUAAAGACAUUUGUAAAAGGAUUUCCAGCAUGGACGAUGACGCCGAAGAAACAAGGCUGCCCUGCGGUGACCCUGACCGCAGAGUCUGGCUCAGUCACCAUCUCUCUCGACGUGGUUCUCUGUCUCAAAGUGAAAUCCAGUUGGCCAGAUUUUACCCGUGACGGUUUUAAAAUUGACCAGUGGCUUGGAACUAAAGUGAAACAGGAGUACAAACGAGAGCCUUACUACCUGGUACCAAAGUACGAAGGCAGAGGAAAUGUGGAAAACAAUGGGGUUCAAGCCAAAGAUGCUUGGCGAGUGUCGUUCUCUCACAUCGAGAAGGAUAUUAUGAGGAAACAUGGAUCAGAGAAGACGUGCUGUGAAAGAGAGGGAGAAAGCUGCUGCAGGAAAGACUGUGUGAAGCUCUUCAAGCAUCUUCUACAUCUGCUGAAGGAAAGCAACCCUUCUUUUGAGAAGUUCUGCUCCUACCAUGCCAAGACUGUGUUUCUACAUGCCUGCUGCUCCAGAGCUAAAGACAGCGAAUGGAGGGCAUCAGAUCUCAGCCGCUGCUUUGACCAGCUCCUUCAGGACUUUGAAGGCCACCUGAGAGGAGGUAUACUCGCCAACUUCUUCAUCCCCAGUCAGAACCUGCUCUCUGGAAUAGGGAAAAAUGUGUGCAAAAAUCUGUCUGACUCCAUCAAGGAGCAACGGGAAAAUGGUUUUCCCAUCUUUGUGAAGGAUCUUGCUAAUUAAGUUAGACCUGAGGAUUGUUGGAAUUUUGCUUUUUGUUUUAUUUUUUCACAUUAUUGUACUUGAAUAAUAAUUUUAAAAAAAAACUAAGAGGAUGACCUGUGGUUUGAAGUUUUCAAAACUUGAAGUUUUUAAUAAACAAACACUUUAACUAUUUAAAAGAAU